AUGGCUACUCUAUCGUCAAACCCAACGCCGACGACUGGUUCAAUCGCCAGUGCCACUUCGUCCGAAUCACGCCCGUCAUGCAUGACGGCGGUGCCGGGCAAGUACGGGAGCGUACCAAUUGACGCAUGUAACUCCUACUAUUUCUUCGAUCCCAGCUUCGAAGGCAACAUGGCUUUUGCGGUGAUCUUUGGAUUAUCCCUGGUCGCACACGUCGUUCAAGCUAUCGUCCACAAGAAGAGGUUUUGCUGGGUGGUUUGCGUGGGCGCAUCGUGGGAAAUAACGGCCUUCAUUCUCCGAACGCUUGGCUCCAGAAACCAGCAGCAGAUUGGGUACCAGAUCGGAGGACAGCUCUUGUUUCUUCUCGCACCGCUAUGGAUCAAUGCCUUCGCCUACAUGCUAUCGGCCAGGCUGGUGUACUUUGUCCUCCCUGACCAAAAGGUGGUUGGCAUCAAAGCCUUAGCGCUCACCAAAAUCUUUGUCACCAUAGAUGUCCUCUGCUUCCUGGUCCAGGCGGCUGGCGGCGUGAUCAUGUCCAACACGGAGGUCUCUCCGGACGACCCCAUAUUGCGGACUGGUCAGCAGGUGUACAUGGCCGGCUGUGGGCUGCAGCUCGCCUUCAUCGUCGUCUUCUGCGGGCUGAUGGGUCGCUUCUAUGUAAAGAUGCAGCGGGCGCAGAGGCUUGACCUCGACGUGAAACGGAUCAAGGCCAUGGUGUGGGUGAUGUACGUGGUCUUGGUUCUCAUCAUUAUCCGGAUCAUCUUUCGGCUGGUUGAGUUCGGACCCGGGGCGAACAGUGAUAACCCCAUCCUCACCAACGAGAACUACGCGUUUGGGCUCGACGCACUGCCCAUGGUGCUUGCGCUCGUGCUGCUCAAUGCCAUGCACCCGGGCAUCGUGCUGAGGGGGGAGAACAGCGAGUUCCCCAGGCUGUCGAGGAAAGAAAAGAAACAGAUGAAGCUGGAGAGGAAGGCUGCCAAAAAAGAGUCCAAGCUGGCUAAAAAGGCAGAGAAGAUGAAGAGGAAGAAAGGGAUGGCGGUUGACAGUGACGAAUGUGUCACCAUGGAUGAGAGGCCACUGGCGAUGGAUCGGCAUGACAGCGAUGACAGGACCGGUGCCACCAGGAGGGACCAUGUUUAG